AUGACGACUGAUCCAAUAAACAACGGAGAAAACAUUUUAAAUCCUCCGAACAUCAUCCGCCUGGAUCAGCCGGGCGAGUGCAUCGCGGAUUAUGAGCAAGAUGCCAGGAGAAAUCUUUGUUGUUGCAUCACAGCAUUACAUAUUCAACUCGCCUGCAUAUGGAGAUGUUCAAAUCGUUUCAGGAGGUGGUUGACCACGGCCUCGCCUCAAAAGCAAGUAUCAGAGGCAAGAAGUCACGUGAUUCGGAUCACAUUCAUUAAAAUGUUUUUAAAAAAUCAGGUGAUUCUUGUACACCUGCGCAACAGAAACGAUUUGCAAAUGCCCAAUGCUUUCCUUAAAAUUUUUGCUCCCUUCUCCAUCUUGUGCAAACAUUUUCUAGUCGUGUCUGGGGUGCUCGUUGGGUGA